CUAAUAUUAAUUUUAGAAAACUGGAGCUUUCUGUUUUCUUGAUCUUAUCAAAGACCAGGCGAAGAAGAAAAAAGUAGCUGAAGAUCUAGAACAUUUUAAGCUACUCAGGGUUGGAGCUGAAUCAUUCUUUAUCGAUUAUAACAUCAAGCUGAAGAAAAGAGACACUAAAGAGAAACCCUUUAAACUGGAAUACCUUCAUAUUACAACGCAUCCUCUUCAUACUCUCUAUCCCAAGGAAGUACUGGACUGGUUCCCACAGGAUAGAAUUAUACCUGCUACAAACAAUUUACAACCGAGGUACAAGCAGUUCGAUGAAGAAAAGCAUUGGCACAGUAACAAGAAAAUAUCUUCUGAGUUUGACAGGAUAAAGAAUGGCAGUAACUACAGUGGUAAGUCUGGUCAGAUGUACUCCAGAUUUAUGCAAAGAUAUGGGGAGUCCCUUGAAGGAUCAAACAUCAAGGACGAUCCUAUUAUUUGUAAGAAAGUGGAUAAGAAAAAAGAAAAGGAGGCCAAGACAAGUGGAAGCGCCAUUGAACUACUGAGAAAAAAGCUGGUGAGUGAUGUGAAGAGCGGGUACAGUAAGUUGGAGGAGAGGGUGAAGAUGUGCAGGAAGGAAGGUGUUAAAGAACAAGAAGAUGUUCUUCAAGAGCUUAAGAUUAAACUCUCAAACCUUCAGGCCCAACUCUCCUCUUUGCAAGGCAAGGCAGGGCAGAAACAAAACAAGAAGGUUUUGGCUGACAUUGAAAAGGAUGAUAAUGAGUUAAAGGCAAGUUUUACUCCUCUUAUUCAGAAGCUAGUUUACAGUAUACUUAAGCUCAGGUACAAAGCAUGGAAGGAAAACCCCUCUGAUGCCACCAAGAUCAAGAUGCUGCUUCAUAUAAAGAAUAACAUCAAUGUUAUCAAAGAGUUCAAACCUGAACUCAUGGAGGAUGUUGUCAAGUAUACUAAGGAGAUAGAUUGUGAAGAGUUGGGUGCAGGAUUAGCUUCUCAAGCUGUUGAAAACGAUUCUGGACCAGGUUCCAAGAAAGCUGUUAAAGCUUCCACCUGCAGUAAGCAAGACAAGAUCAAUAAGAGUAAGGCUGAACCACAAUCAGAAAAGGGAACAGGAAAUUUCAUCAGAUAUCAACUAAAGAAAAUGGAGAAGUACAUUACUAAGACUGCCCCAAAUGAAUCUGAUCCCAGAGUGAACUUUAACCCUGACUUAUGGCAGAGGGACAUCUUUGAUGCAAUUGAUGCUAGGGAGUCAGCCCUUAUAAUUGCUCCUACCUCCUCUGGUAAGACCUAUGCUGCAUAUUAUGCUAUGGAAAGCGUGCUCAGGGAAAGUGAUGAUGGGGUGGCUGUCUUUGUUGCUCCUACUAAAGCCCUAGUUAAUCAAGUUGCCGCAACAGUGUGUGCACGUUUCAGCAAAAGGAAACAGAACUUGCCUCCUGGGAAAAGUGUUUACGGUACUUUCACUCGAGAUUACAGGUUUAACACAACAGACUGUCAGAUUCUGAUUACUGUACCAGAGUGUUUGGAAAUCCUUCUCUUGUGUCCCAUACAGUUUCAGUGGACCAAGAAGCUCAGAUAUGUUAUCGUUGAUGAGAUUCAUAAUAUUGGUGGAGAGUCCCGAGGAGAGGUUUGGGAGAACAUUCUAAGUCUGAUCAGAUGUCCUGUAAUUGCACUCUCCGCUACUGUGCAGAACCCAAAGGAUCUGCUAAAUUGGUUGCAGACUCUAGAGAACUAUAAGGAAGAGAUGGAUAGAGCUAGUGGCAGGGGGGAGAUGAGAAGGUCUUACAAGGUCAGGAUGAUUCCAGAGAGUGGUAAGAUAGAACGUCACUCAGAUCUUGUGAAAUACAAGUAUUACAGUGAUGAGGAUGGAACUGAUGGAAUCACUUAUGUACACCCUAUCUCCUACCUCAAUGCUCAAGAAUUAUUGAAUAAAGGAAGUUUUCCAGAGUGCAUGACAUUCUCUCCAUCUGAAUGUCUAGACUUGUUUGAUGUAAUGGCUGACAAGUUUGGGGUUGAUGCUGUCCAAAAUGUGGAUCCUCUCAUGCUAUUUCCGAGAAACAGGUUCCUGGAUAGAGCAGAUAUUCAGAUAUUUAAUUCUUCAAUCAGUUCAUUCAUUUUGAAGCUUGAGAAUAGCCAGGCAAACAUGGAGAAGCUGAAUGAAGUUAUCACUCACUUUCCUGGACUCACUAAGGAUCAAGCCGGGAUUUAUGAUGAAAGAAACUAUCUUAUUGAUUACUUCCCUGCACUAGUGAAAACGCUUCAGAAGAAAAAUAUGCUGCCUGCUCUAGUCUUCACAUUUGAUAGAGGAUACUGUGUCCGUCUUCCUGCAGAAGUUAGUGAUACAUUUGAGGAAGAAAUAGAGGAAAUUAAGAAUACACAAGAAUAUCAGAAGAAACAGGCAAAUAAAGAGAAGAUUGAGAAGGCAAUGAAGAAAAUCAUAAAGAAGAAGAAAAAUGAGGCUGCAGAGUCGGAGAAAACGAGGAAAAAUGUAAAUGCAGUUUCCCUUGCAAUUACCAGUGUAGAUGAUAUCUCUCCCUACGAGAAGCUAAUGAGUCUUUAUCAAGAGUUCCCUCUGCAAACACUUGUCGGACCAAACAACCUUGAUAGGGACUCCAUGUUCAAUAUUAUGUCCAACCUGAAGCUAGUUAAAAAAGAGUACAUGGAGUUAAUGAAAUAUGGUAUGUCAUACCACCAUGCGGGUAAUAAUAGCAAGAUGAGAUCAACAACUGAGAUGUUGUUCAGAGAGAAGUUUCUAAAUCUAGUUGUUUGCACCACUACCCUUGCCCAAGGCAUACAUAUGCCAUGUCAAACUGUUGUAUUUGCUGGGGAUUCUGUUUUUUUAAACAGCUUGAACUACCAUCAAUGUUCUGGCAGGGCAGGCAGGAGAGGAUUUGAUCAACAGGGAAAUGUGAUUUUCUUUGGAAUCCGAGAAUCUAAGAUAGCAAGACUGAUGAACAGCAAUUUACCUCUUAUAUCAGGGAACAGUCCCACCUCCAUCUCAAAGAUUCUGAGGUUGUUCUUACUAACAAGUGAUACCCAGUCUCCAGAAGACAGAAAAGAUGCCAUAGCCAAAGCUUUGGGAAGCUUGAAUAAUCCACUUCUAGUUCUAAGGAACGAGAGCAUUAUUACUCAGCUGCAGAUUUUCUUCCUGUUUGCGGUAGAAUUUCUCCUGGCGCAGGACUACUUAGAUGAAGCCGGACAUGCUCGUGGUUUUUCAGGGAUUGUAACUCAUCUCUCCUUCCAUGAACCUUACAACUUUGCGUUCUGCCAUUUACUACAGGAGGGUGUUCUGCACAGUUUAAUCACCAGGAACAGUAAGCAGGAGAUCACAGAGAAAUCUCUGCGAACUCUUGUCCUAGUUCUCAACUAUAUGUUUGGGAUGGUUCCAGCUCCUAGCAAAAAAGAAGCCUUACCUCCCCUUCCAGCAGACAUACAAGCAUCUGUAGAUAACUACAACAAGUCCAUUUAUUCGAUUUAUCACGAAUUUCUGCAUACAGCUGCAAAUCUUUUCUACAAACCUCACUACAAAUCUGUGCUACCAUUGUCUGGUCUGAAACAUGAUUGCCCUGACACAGGUUUUGUUGACCCACUAGCAGAAUUGGCUGGUGUGACCAGUAUAUCAGAUGAUACUAUUGAUACACUCUCGUCAAAUCUGAGGAGGGAGUUGGUCACUGAAGCUUUGCCCAAACUUGAGAAACUUCCCAUCAAUGGAUAUGCACUGGAAUUUUUUAUCAGCGGAGAUAAGACUGUGGUCCAGCAGAAGUUUAGAGUCAAUGAUACUUUCUUCCAUCUUAAUAGCUUCAUGUUGGUACUGAUGACUAUCAAAACAUCGUUGCAGGAGAUUGGGCCUGACAGUUCUCAGGACACUACAGAUGACCUGAUUGAUGCUUUCACAGAGAUAUCAAACCGGUUUACAAAGAAGUUUAACAAAGCAUUUGGAAUCGAGAAGGAGACCCGCAGCUGGGGUUGUCACAAGAUUCAUGAAAUAAACUGCUACACCUGUAGUUUAAUGGUUGAAGGAAGAAUAGUAGAACAUUCAGGGCGGAAAUGGUCUGUAAAGGGUCGUCUGGAUUGCAAGAGUGAACAGUGCGUCAUCUUCAUUAAAUGUCACACAUGCAGAAUUGGUUACAUCACCACCUGUCUGAUGAGUGUUGCUGCAAAGAUAGAUUCAUUGAGGACGACAUCCACCCAUUUCAAAGAGCACGAGGUGUCUCUGAUGGUUAUAUCAAGAAUGAGGAAAGGAGAAGAUUUAAACACUGCCAGGAUUCAAUGGAUGCAGAAGCUACGUGUUCAUAAUGAGAUAAAAUAGGAAAGCUUGGAUACAAUAAGAAGACUAGAUUAUGUAUAUCUCUAUGAUUAAGAUUCUAAUGUUACAACUCGGUGAUAUUAACUUGACAUUCCAGGCACAUUCAAAUAUUUUUUGAUACAAUAGUAAGUCAGAUGGUGCCUUAUAAACCUGCACUUAUUUUGGAAAAAAAUAAUUUGAUUGAUAUUAUUGUAUUGAAAAUUACCAGUGAUGAUAUCGAUACUUCCAAAAUACGAGAUUUUUUCUACCCAUUUUUGUACUAUAUAAUAUGUUACCAUCAAAAGGAUAUUUUUUAAGCAAAGAUUCAAUUUUCUAGCUAAAUAACAUCUAGUGAUCUAUGUAUAUUUUUUUUUUGUAAAGUGGGAAUCUUGUAUUUUCUUCAAGUUUGGAUCAGCUGAUCAGAUUUAUUUCAAUAAAAUUUGUUCUCA